ACAUCAGCCGUGAGUGCUGUCGUCUUUGCUAUGAUAAAGAAUUCUUUUGUAAUCUUGUUUACAAAAUCCGAGCUCUAUUCAUGAGCUUCAUUGAUUCUUCGUACAUAGUCUGCGGGAAGAACCACGCUCCUCACAAAAUCUUUAAACAGAGUGCUCCUACAGUUUCGGAUUCCACAGGACUCAACUGCUCUUUUUUAAAAACUUGUGAAGAUUUCCCGAGGGUUUGAUUUCAGAGGCGAAACCCAGUCGUCGUUGACGACUUUAAAAGGACAACCAACUAAUUAUUCAAAGGAAGACUCGCCAGGAAGUUCAAGAAAGUGCGUUCGCCAUGGAUUCGAAAGAGCUCAAAUUUAACAUGGAAAUAACGUCAUCGUCUCCUCUCGCGUCUGUAGUUGCCGGGUUUUGCGUAGUAACAAUUCUCAUGAACUGUGUGGUGUGCUACCAGAUUUACCGUCGCCGAAGUCUGCGUUCCUCUUGCACUGCUCUCAUCGUCGCAAACCUUGCAGUUGUGGAUAUUCUCGUAUCUAUCAAAGACCUCCCGUUGCUGCUGACUGUUAGUAUGACAGGACGAUGGUAUUUCGAGGAGCAUUGGUGCCGGUCUUAUGGACUCACUAACGUGAUUUACAUCAUCGUGUCCAUCUCUACCCUUGUGACGAUCACCACAGAACAAUACCUGAAAAUCACGGAGACGGGCAAGCAGAACCCCGCACAAGGAGGCGCGAAUCGCUCCGUCUUACUGGGGUAUAUCAUCGCGCACACCACAAUGUCCUAUUCGCUGUCCUUACUCUGGAGCAAGUACGUGUUUAUCAGCAGGAAGGCUUUCUGUCAAGUCGACUGGCCGCCAUCAGGGCUGAGCUACACGGUGGUCGCGUCUUGCGUGUUUCUCGUCCCCGUCUCGCUACUCGUCUACAACAUGUUCAAUGGUCAAUCCAGCGCUGAUGCGGUCGGAGACAAGGUGAAAAUAAUUGAAGAGGAGAAACAAGAUGGAGGGCUUUCUGAGAGUGAAGCGGAGUCUCACCGCAGAUUACAGUUUGCAGUGGGGCUUUUUCUUCUCACUUGGUUUCCCUAUGUUUUGGAGAGUUUCUUUACUUCUGUAGAGGAGGUGCCUAAUCUGAUCGGAUUGGUAUGCGCGUUCUUGCCAAUUUUCACCACGACUUUGAUUCCGCUGUGGUAUUUAAAGUGGAGUAGGCAAGCAGAGCGAACAAGCCAGUGUAAUGCUUAUAUACAGCAUUGCUAAAACAGCAACAAAACGGGACGUUAUCAGGUUAUGGAUUUUUCAAAUAUAUUUCCAACCAUUUGAUUGUGAAUUUGAUUUUAAUUUGAUUCCGCUUUAAUGGAACAUUUGUAGUAAGAAAAUAUAUUGUAAGGAUAAAAGAAAAUGUAUCAUUAUGAAAGUGUUUUAUAAUAGUUUUUAAAAAAUGGCGAGGAAUGUUUUAUAUUGGCGAGAAUGCUAUAUAAUAUUUCGGGAAAUAUUAGGAUGUGUACAAAUACAAUAAAAAUAAGAAACCGUUUACGCUAUAUCAAUAAUUAAACCGUAACAAUAUUUUGAAUUUGGGAUAAACAUUAUUAACAAUGCAUAUAGUUUUUGUUAUGCAGCUGAUAGCACAAUAAACAAUAGAUUUGAAAGAAAAA